AUGGAAGAAAAUUUGAAUUGUUGUCAUACGUAUCUAAAAGGAAGAAAAAAAAGCAAAGUGGAAGACAGUGCUAUGUUGGCUGGAACUAUUACGUCAUGCAAAGUUACUGGAAUAAUACUUGAAAUUAGAAUACUUGAAAUGGCUUUGUCACCAUCCAUGAUCAGUGCUAUGGUGGAAUGCAAGAUUUGCUUAGAGACUUACCACAAGCCCAAACAUCUUAACUGUGGACAUACGUACUGUCAAGACUGUUUAGACGACAUGUUGUCAUUUAAUGAAGAUGGAAGUGCAGAACUGAAUUGUCCACUUAGGUGUCCAAACAAAACGAUAAUAAAUGAGCAUGAUACAACAUCAUCCUUGGCUAACUCUUAUUGCCUUUCUGAAAUUUUAGAUACAAUAUCAAAAAGUGGAACAAGUAAUGGUCUAUGUCAACAAACCGAGAAUUGUAAACAGCCUAUCUGUUAUUCUUGCAGUACUUGUGGUACAAAGAUCUGUGAGAAAUGCCAACAUAUGCAUUCAUGUGAAAACAAAGCAUAUACUACUGUACGUUUUAACGGAAAGACAGGACAACUCCAACCAUUAUGCAGUCAACAUAAUUCGCUGGCUAAACGAGUUUGCAUCCAAUGUGACAAUAAAUUUGUGUGUGUGUUUUGCGUUCACAGGGAACACAAAAAUCAUAGACUGAAAAGUGUAACUGAAUUUGGCAUGGAAGCGAAGAAUUGGUUCCAAUCAUUUAUUACGUCAUUUGAAAACACAAGAAAGGACUCUAAAAGAUUAUCCAAAAUAUACCAUGAAACCUUGAUGAAGCUCGAGAGGGAAAGGAAAAUAUUUGCACAGGAAUUAAAAAUGAGAAAAUUAAAAUGUAUAGAAAGGUAUCUUACUAUUUUGAAUGCUGAGGAGGAACGUUUCUUAAAAGAAUUUGAUGAUAAAAGAGAAAUGUUUAGAACAGAAAUAAUCAACGCUAGCUGCAUGGAUCAUACUAGCAUGAAAGAAUAUAGGGAUUACAUAAAUGCGUUUAAUUUAAAAUCCAACUUCGAGCUUAUUGCUGAAAAAGUGGAAAUUGAAAAAACACUUCGAAAUCUCACUUCUUUAUCAGCCAGUAUGCCAAUAUUCAAAUCACAUCUCCGCCAAAUUAAUGACCAAGAGUUACCAAACAAUCCGCUUGGGAAAUUAAAAGUUUUUAUUGAUAAAGUUGAAACAGAUAGUCUCGUUCUUGGCACUAGUUCUGCUUGCCAAAAUUUGAUUAAGGGAUCCGAAAAGCUGACUAACUAUUCUCAAUUAGCUAUUAAACUAUCGUACAUUGUGGAAAGUAUAAACGGUAACGGAAAUGUUGCAAAUUUUGUUGCUGAAAACAGAAUUAGUGACGCCACGUCUACAAAUGCAGAACCUAAGACUUACUCGGAUGCAGAUAUCAAAAGGAGGAAUCACCCUACUUGUGACACUGAAGCUUCUACUACUGUUAGAAAUUUAGAAGAUGAACCCUGGUACUUUGGUUGUAUCACUCGGGAUGAAAGUAUUCGCUAUCUUAAACAUCCCGAAAACAAAUCUGGGGCUUUCUUAAUUCGCAAAAGUGAAAAUCCAUCCAGUGGCCAAUUGUACGUAUUAUCCAUGUUGAAAGGGAACUUUGUGCAACAUUUUAGUAUAAAAAGAAAGUUCGUCCUUUCAAAAAAUGCAGGAAUGCAAUUCGUUAAACGAACUGCUACAUCAUUGCAAAAGUGACUGGCCCCUUGGAGAGCCAUGCAUAAAAAAUCCUAUGUCAUCACUAAGUGGGAAAUUCAAAACGCUGUAAGUAUUUCCAAAGAAUGAUUGAAUUAUCGUUAUAUUUAAAGAGUGCGCUGGAUAAAGUUUGUAAGUCUUCAAGAAAUAUGGGUCGAGUUAACGACUGUGCAAGUUAUCCGAGGUUUAAGUUAUCCGGAGUGUUUUGUUAAAAAGAAUUAACGAGACUUAAAACGGACCCAAGAAAAUGGUUCGAGAUAAAAAAAGAGUUAUCCGGUGAUCAAGUUACCAGGAGCUUACUGUGGCUAUAAAAGGAAACAUCCAUCAUCGAGAUUUUCAACAAAAAGAGUUGGUACUAGAGGAUGUAAACAACGUAACCAGCAAGCACUUUGAUACUGCACAUUGUUUUAGAUCUGUGAUUCAUAUGCCUAUGUAAACCAACGAAAAAUUUAUAUUACAAUAGCCUAUGACAAUGUUUGUAA